ACUCGCGCGCGCUGCAAACAGAUGAUACAGCAUUGCCGUAUGAGCUCACAAACUGAACAAAAGACAUCCUCAUAAAACAGGGAAUGGUGGGAGCAGGGAUGUGGAUAGUAUAGAAGUUAUUUUGAAAACAUUAGUAAAGCCAAAUAAUUAUUUGGGCCUUGAUUUAAAGGGUAGUGUGUUGCCAAAUUUGCUGUACACGCGUUGCUCCUCACCAAAGCGAGCUACAGGGGAGGGACUGCCGAUUUCUCGUCUUUGCAGCUCUGAAUGAAGGGGAGGGGGUCCGUAGACCGAAAUUGAUGGUAGUGGGCUACUGAGGAAGACUACUCCUCUUGAGAUUAAAGGCAAAAUACACAUUUCAGUCGAAUACAGCAGAGUUGGUGAAACGGGACGGUGGUGAAACAUGGAGAUGUCUGAGGGGCUGUCACAGCAGGAGAGGCUCCAGGCUAUAGCGGAGAAGAGGAAGAGGCAGACAGAGAUUGAGAAUAAGAAGAGGCAGCUGGAAGAUGACAGGAGACAGCUCUCUCACCUCAAGCAAAAGUCCCUGAGGGAAAGAUGGCUGCUGGAUGGAGCUGCUGGCUCGGAGCAGGACGAGGCCAAGAAACAGCUGGCGGAGGACGAGGCCAAGCUCAAGGGGAUGGAAGAGAACAUCAUUAGAAUGGAGCAGGAACUGGAGGAGCUGGAGACAGGCGUGUCGGCGACCUCCACCAAAGAGAGCCUGACAGACGCAGCCAUGAAGGAGGAAGCCAAGACAGCAGACAACAAAGCUCUGGCAGGCACUGUGCAAGCAAUGUACUCAGUAGAGAUCACCGUUGAGAGGGACAAUGUCACGGGCGAGACUAAGGUGUUGUCCACCAACACCCUACUGCCCAUUAACCUCUCUAGGCAAGGGGUCAAGGUGUAUGAGGAUUACCAGAAAGUGGUACAUGAGGUGAACGGGGAGAACGGGGUCCACCAGCUCAGUGCCAAUGAGGUGGACGAGCUCAUCCACAAAGCAGACGAGUCCAUGAUGAGCGACGCCACCACCGCCGGCGCCACCUCCACCGCCCCCGUCGUCCCCACUGAUGCUGAGUUAGCCGCAGAGCAGCAGACGACACCACAGAAGGAGAUCACUGGCAUGGAGGCCAAGGCGGGCGGCGCCAGUCCCCAGCCAGGUGGAGGCGAGGUGGAGGCCAGUGCCGAGAACCCCGUCACCAUGGUGUUCAUGGGCUACCAAAGCGUUGAGGACGAGGCGGAAACCAACAAGGUGCUGGGGCUGGAGGGCACCGUCAAGGCCGAGCUGGUGGUCAUCGAGGACGGCGAGGGCAAGAAAGUGACGGUGGGGCCCACCUCCGCCACUGUGACCGUCACCGAGGGAGGCACCAAGGAAGAGCAGUUGCCCCCGCCCAACGGCAGCGCCGCCGACCCUGUUAAGACCCCCCAGGAGAAGGCCCCAGCGGGGGAGAAGGGGAGGGAGCCAGAGGGGGGCGCCACUGAGCUCAACAACAAGGAGAAGCAGCCCUGCAAGUGCUGCACCAUCAUGUGAGCCACCGUUGUGUGGCCGCAUUCCCCCCGGGACUUGACUUUUCAAGGAGAAAUGACAAACCAACAACAACCAUAACGUCAAGAAAACCAACAAAAACUCACCCCUUUCCCUUUUCCCCCCUCCUGACAAAAAAAAGGCAUAAAUGUUCUGUAUCUUUUGAUAGCCGGCUGUUGUUUUCCAACUUCAUUUUCAUCUCCGUUUUAUAUAUUUUAUUUCAUUUUUCUAUCUCCUUUCAUUCUUUUUACUUUUGUAUUAUUUUGGGUUUUGUUGUGACUUAAACGGAUGCUGCCAAAGGUGAGCAAUCCCUGCGUUUUCACACUGAGAUUCACACUGAGAUUCACACUGAGAUUCACACUGAGAUUCACACUGAGAUUUCUGAGGGAGAGAGGAGAUAGAAAAGGAAAGAUAGAGGGAGAGAAAGACAGAGGAACGGGUUUGUUCACCCAGCAUUGUCCAACAAGCAUUUUUUUAAUGACAUCUCUUAUACACCGUCAUGAGUUUUGUAAUCUUAACUUUCUGUAUGAAGGACAGAUAUAUCUCUCUAUAUAUAUCUAUAUAUAUAUAAAUUGUUUAUUUUAAAGAUAUAUUUAUUUGACUUUUUUAUUUUUUGAAAAAGCCCUGACAGAAGCAUGUUAUACAUUGUGCUUUCUGUCCUCUGCUAGUGCAUUUUAGAUAAAAACAUGGGGAAAUAUUUAUGACUGAUAAAGCUGUUAGAGAAUUCUCUUGGAUUUUGUUUUCCAGAAAGAAAAAAAGAAAAGUGACUUUGGAAUUUCUGAGACAGACACCAACCACACUGCUAUUUGAAAGUGACAUGCAAUGAGAUGUGAUAUUGAUGGCAUCAAAGUACUGUGUGCGUGUGUGUAUGGGUAUCCGUGCGUAUGUGUAUGAACAUGCAUGGAUGUGUGUUUGAAUGUGUGUGUGUUGGAUUACAAUGGCCUCAUUGGUCCUUAUAUCAUCCCACACUAUAAUACCCACAAUCCCCAUCGCCUCUUUUCUUUCUGGAAGAAAAAACAAUACUCGCUUAUUUGUUGUCAUUUUCCUGCAACCAAAUCAACUACACUAGUUCGACAACACUAGUAAUGAAUUGAAUAAAAUGCGUGAAGAUCUUUCAUACCGAAGCUUGAGACUGAUGAAAUUAAUGCCCCUGUGUAAGCCUUGACAUUUGUGUGGUUCACCCCCACUUAACUACAUUACCCAGAAUACCACUACCCCUUUAAAAUAAAUCAUGUUGCUUACCGCUGCCUUUGUGAUAACAGUAUUAACUACUUUUCAUUUAACUCAAUGACAUAAUCCAAGCUCUGGCUCCUGAUGUGAUGACCUAGCUACCAACAGCUGUGUUUUGAUAUGAUGGUCGGCCUGGACAGGCCCUUCCAAUGUUCCAAAGACUUUCAUCUGGAUAUCAACUACUGUGGAAUUGGUGCAUAGAGCAUAGUCUGUUGUUUUCAACCUAGGCACAGCAGCGCAUAUACUAAACUGUGUUGCAAAUACUGUAAGAAGUUGCUCCAUUCAGACUUUUAGGAUGAGUGCCAUUUGGAGGGGCUUGGGGGUCAUAUGUCGCCCUCAGAGUUGGUGUGGGAGGAGCUUCACUUUAAGAGUAUUUGGUUUCCUGUUUGAACCCUACUGUUAGGUCCUGGUUUUGUCAUUUAAGGGAAACGAAACCAAACAAAGUUGAAGUAGGCCUAUUUUUCAUUCAGUGUAUCUAUCUAUCAACAUGCUUGACCUGAGGCAAAAAGCAGGGAAUUUCAACGUUUUUACAGUCCAAGAAGUUGUCAAAAUCCUUUUCCACCGCGAGUGGUAAAUUUAGCUCCAAAUUCAAUGUUGCAAUUAUUUGUUUAUUUUCAUGACAGAGAAUAAUAGAUGUUUUUGCAGUGUAGCUAAAUUUGAACAGCUGUAUUUUACUUUUGUGUGCGUUUUUGCUGCAUUAUGAGUGCCUGUAGCUAUAGAAUAUUUUACUUCUUACUUAUUUUUGCCAUCUUGGAGUCAAAUUUCCAGCUGAGCUGAGGGUCAUGUUAUCAUUGUCCAGUGUAUUUUUCCAGUGGUGAGUUGAGUCAGUUGAGUUGGAUUGGUCAAGCUAGGAGCCAGAUCCUUUCAACCGACGCACUGACACGCUCAUAUGUAAACGUGGUCCAUGUAUUAUUCGCAUCCAGAAUAAAACAAACAUUUUGUUUUCAAAGAUGGCUGAAUAGUGGAUGGUCUGCGUUAUCUUGAAGUGAGUCAAAGAAGUGAGCUCUCUCUAGCAAGAGGUUGACCGACCUUGUGUAAUGUUUGCCUAAUCCUCGUUUAAUAUUGUUCCAUGUAUAUUUGUACCUAUCCAUUGAUAUUUAUAGAGCUCUAUAGGUUAUUUUAACGGUGCAUGUCUUUGUGAGGGUUCAAAUCAAGAACAGGAUGGACAUAGAUACAACAAAUCUAAUAACAAGGUCUGAUAAGCCUAGUCAGAAUGAUGCUGGUGAAUCCAGUGCAUUGUAGAAAAACCCCAAAUGCAACAUCUAUUAAUUUCAAUUUCAUCAUGUAAGAUAUAUAAUGAAAUAAUCUAUUUUGCCAAUCCCCUUCAAUCCCACCUCCUCCUGCGCGUUCAAAUGGGCAGGGCAAUCGUUGAUAUACCGACACAUUCUCCAAUAUGCUGCUCAGCAUCCAGCAAGGAGGAAGGAGCAGAAAAAGCUGACUCAGUGUACAGUAAACGGCGUCACAUGUGACAUGGCCUGACUCUGUAGCUCUUCGUCUCAUGACGAGGGUACAGAAAUGCGCGUUACUCUAUAGGACAGUCACACUGUCAGAAUGGGGUGUUGGUCUAGAAGGUGUCCGACAAAUUACUGCCUUCGAUCUGCUCAGACAUCACUGAAGACCAGUCCUCGUCGAGUAAUAUUCCCACACUGCUAGAUCCAAACCUAUGCAAGAACACCCAUGCUAACGAAUCAUCAUCUAGGUAUAGCAUUUAGGACUAGCUACAGCAGCAGUUAAGAGGCUUUUAGUUAAUCAGUAUAUCACACAAAACAUUAUCUAAAGGGCCAAGCAUUGAAUCAUGGCCCAUCCCUUCCUUUGUAUGUGUUUAUAAGAUUAUGCCUUUUUAUUUCUUAAAUAACUUCUAGCUAACAGCUCACUACAUAUACAGUACAUGUGGUUCAGUGGCUGUUGGCAUAGUUUAGGUUGGUCAAUUUCAAUAUAAAAUGUGAAAAAAUGAUUUCAUAUGUUGGCACUGCCAACUUGGCUGCACAUGACAUGGUUGGGAUGGUUAAAUGUGGGUGGUGUGUUUCUGUGGUGCUAAAUCAUUGAUACUGUCAUAUCUGACAGCUGAAGUUUAGAUAUUAUUUUAGAUAUUAUUUUCUGCAACUUGUGUUUCAAGAAAAUCACAGAUAUUUAUAUUUGCAAUAGGAAACAGUAGCAAGAGUCAUUUGCUAGACACCUCAACAAGGAAGUGUUUAAUUGGUUAAAUUCCAAGAUUAUUUGAAGCAGAAACUAUGUGUUCAGUUUUAAAUGUUUUUCUUUUAAGAUAACAUUUGCAACAUUAAUCUCAAAAUGGAAAAACAUGAACCGUACAAAUGCACUUAGGGUGGUCAUACUGAAACGCAAGGCGUUCCUGGUCUAAGAAUUCGCCCAUACUAUUAGAGUCAGAGAGAACAUUGGUGACCUUAACAAAAUCUAAUUUGUCCAUCCACUUUACAAUGAAAUAUGGUGACACUUAAGAAGAGGACAUGCAUAAUACCUUCUUAAUAUUUCGUUAGAGGAAAGAAUUACUUGGCACUUUGGAAACAAGAUGACACUGUGUUUAUCGUAUUUGCUCUAUUGACACAGUACAUUUUGCUUCAUCAACAACUUUGAGCUUCAAGGUUAACAAAUGUCAAUGUCGUUCUUAUGAAGGGUAAUGAAUGCCAAUGUUGUUCUUAUCAAGGGUAAUGCAUGGACACCUUCACUUGAAGUGCCCUCACUGAGCAGUAGCAGGAAGUUUUUCCUAACAACUGAUGCAGGGUCAAAUAUUUGUCUAUCCCUAAUGUCUAAGGUUAGGAUAGGGGUAUAGGGUAAUCCGAUCUUAGAUCUGUGGUGAAGGGUAACUUCUACCUCAAGCUCCUGUUGAAUACCCAAUACCCGUCCUUCCUCGGCCCCUCCCUCUUGCUGAGCUUGGUGCAGCAGCAGUGAGGGUUGUCGCCCCUGGCAACCCCCUCCCACUCUCUGCACUGCCUGCACCAUGGUUACCUCAUGACUCUGCAGCAGCGUCCCCUGUUGGUUCUUAUCAAUAUUUACAUUCCAGUUCUGACUUUCUCUCUCUCUACAGACCCCCAAUGCCUUGUAGUCUGGCCCCCGGCCAGGCUUAUUUUUUGUAAAUGCAUAUAUAAAUAUCUACAUAUAAAUGUCCUUGUGCAAAACAAAAUGUCUGUCGCUCUCUCGUCCUCUAGUGUAGACUCCUAGAUCCCCGUCCCUUCCCCAGUGACUCUGCGCUCAUGGCAGUCAGUCAGUGGAGGGCCCAGGUAAUAGAGUGGGUGCCCAUACACUGCUGCUUUCUUAUUGCUUUGUUAGUUGUGAAGGUCUGCUUUCUUACGAACUGAAAAGUGCUGUAGAGGAAAGUGUUUGAAAAGACAAAUAAAAAUGUGAUGUGCUUCAAAGGUC